GAAAAAACCGGGCGAAGGCGUGGUGAGCUUCAGCUUCUCCUAUUGAACGCCGAGCGAAGGGAGGAUGCGGGCAGCAAAUCCAGCAGCUUCCAGGCUAAAUCCAGCUCUCACACCCUUCUGAAAGAUGACAGAGGGACGCCUCUGCCAGGUUCACCUGCUGGACAACAGGACACUGGAGCUGCUGGUUCAGCCGAAGCUGUUGUCGCGGGAACUCCUGGAUUUAGUCUCCUCCCACUUUAACCUGAAAGAGAAGGAAUACUUUGGCUUCACUUUUGUUGAUGACAUUGGUCACUGUAAAUGGCUACAGCUGGACCGCAGAGUUCUGGAACAUGACUUUUCCAAGAAGACUGGGCCGAUUGCCCUCAAUUUUCUGGUGAGAUUUUACAUAGAGAAUAUUUCUCUGCUGAAAGAGCACACAACGGUGGAGCUGUUCUUCCUCAAUGCAAAAGCUGCCAUUUAUAAUGGUGAUAUUGAGGUGGAGAGUGAGCUGGUGUUUAAACUGGCUGCACACGCUCUGCAGGAAGCUAAGGGGGAUUAUACAAGUGAUGAUAACACCAGGACAGAUUUAAAGAAACUUCCCACUCUGCCAACCAAAGUCCUAAAGGAGCAUCCUUCUCUGGCUUACUGUGAGGAGAGAGUGAUUGAGCACUAUAAGCAGCUGAAGGGCGUCUCCAGGGGUCAGGCUAUUGUCCAGUAUUUGACCCUGGUGGAGUCACUGCCCACUUACGGAGUCCACUAUUAUGAAGUGAAGGAUAAGCAGGGUCUGCCCUGGUGGCUGGGAAUCAGCUAUAAGGGAAUCGGCCAGUACGACAUUCAGGACAAAGUAAAGCCAAGAAGGCUGUUCCAGUGGAAGCAGCUGGAGAAUCUAUAUUUCCGGGAGAAGAAAUUUGCAGUGGAGGUGAACGACCCUCACAGGCGAGCGGUCACUAAGCGUACAUUUGGUCAGACGGGUUUGGUGAUCCACACCUGGUACGCCAGUCACUCUCUGAUCAAAACCAUCUGGGUCAUGGCCAUCAGCCAGCAUCAGUUCUACCUGGACCGCAAACAGAGCAAGGCAAAAAUAACUACAGCGAGAAGUUUGGGAGAUAUCGCUAUGGACCUGACCGAGAACGGAGCAUCUAAAACUAGUAAACUCAGUGUGGCAGUAAAAAAUCAGCUCAUUAUGGCCAGCAACGGCAGCCUGGUCUCUACAGGUUCAGCUGACUCUGAGAUUAACGAUGAGCAGAAAAAGGAGAAACUCUCUGAGCUGAGGAAAAAAGAGAGAGAAAUCCAGGAUGUCCUGAGUCAGAAAAUGGCAGAGCUAAAGAAGAUAUGCCUGAGGGAAGCGGAGCUAACAGGCAAACUGCCAAAAGAGUACCCAGUAACGGCAGGAGAGAAGCCCCCCGGCUUCAGGAGGAGGGUGGGGACUGCCUUCAAACUGGACGAGCUUUUCCCAUAUAACGAGGACCCAUACCUGAGGAACCUGGAGAGUCGCUUCGCUCUACAGCAGAAGAUUGUGGAGGCUGCGAAAAAGCUGGCAACAGAGUCUGACAUCAGUAAAACAGUGAAAAAGAAGCGGAGGAGGAACUGCCUGGAUGCCAUGCAGAGGCUGCAGGAGAUAGAGGAUGAGAUGAACCGCUAUCGAGUUAAGAAGGGAAAAAAACCCACACAGAGAGCAUCACUCAUCAUCGCAGAUGAACUGGCUCCCUCAGAAUGCAGUUCCCUUUCUGACAGCCUGAAUCUGGAUGAUGAUGAUGAUGGAGCCCAGCGUCCACGCUCACGCUCUGUUCAGUGUUCACCACUCCUUACUGCUGCUCAGCCCAGCCUGGACUACGAUCCAGACAGAAGAUCCUCAGAGAGCGACCAUGACAGAGCACUCAGCAGGCUGGAGUAUGAAGUACAGGGACCUGGACAUUACUACAGCCCACGCGAGGUUUCCUCAGCUGGCAGCAGUCCGUAUAAAACUGUCCCCCGGAGACAGGUGGAGAAUCACAGCGACAGUCAGAGCCCCAUGACCCGCAAUGCAUACAGCAGCAGCCAACUUGGCUCUGAGGGUGCUCUCAACGGUUUCCGGCACCGCAGCGGCAGCCUGGAGUCCCAAUCCCAGCUCCUACGCUAUCCUGGGUCAGACCGGGCCAUUUUCCCUGCAUCCCCGACACGCCGCAGCAACAGCAGUGAAAUUCUGGACGACUGUUCAUCCUACACCAGCCUGUCCAGCCCGUGUCCAUCCACACCUACGUACCGUACGCUGGAUACCCGGACGCACGACUACCGGCAAAACCGCAAGGUUGAAAUUUACGGAAACACGGGUAGCAUGCCCAACCUGGUGCCCAACAGCUACAGCAGCACUUAUAACUACCACCCGCAUGCCCACUAUGGGCCCACCGCUUACUAUGUAGCCGGCUACACCGCUUCUGACUAUGAGCCUUACGCUAACGGUGCUUACAUGUACGAAAGUGAACUGGAAGGGCAUUAUAACGUCAACCCCUCAUACAAUGGGCAUGUCUACCAUGGCAACAGCCGCAACGGGCAUUACGGGAUGGAGGGAAUGGAUGGCUUGUCUCAGAAUCCCUAUGCCACUGUGAGGCCGCCGCGGAGCCGACAGGGGCCCAGAAAUGAACUCUUAGCUAAAAGCAUGCAGAAAGCUCUGGUGGUGGAGCACCUCAGAGGAUGGUACAACCGCAACACAGGGAACCGGGAACACGGAGGCCGGAGCCUAUUGUGCAGCUACGACUAUGACAGAGGAUCCCAGCACAGCCUCGGAUACCAAACGCUGCCCGCUCCAUUCAGCCGGGCCAGCCGAGCUGACUCAUACUCGUCAGUGUCCUCCACAGCAAGCGGAGGGGUAAGCUGGCACACUCCUGCAGCAGCGGGGCUGGCCGACAGUGAGCUGGAUGGAGAUGUGGCCCUGACCCCUCAGCCCACCUGCCCUGGAGCCUACAGCACUAACUACAGCCUCAGCCCCUCACACGGCAGGUUCCAGGCUGAGUGCAGUCCAGCCAGACGCUCUGAUUCCCUCUCGAACCCCUCCGACUCUGUGGAGGUGUUCGGCGCGAUGGCCAGCUGCUCUGACUCAGACCAUUAAAGAGAAAGCACAAUGGGACAGAGUCUAGGUGGAUGCUGAGGUGUUUUCUGUUUCACAGAUGGACCAAAACUAACAGGCACAAAACAACCCCGAUACGAACGAUAAGCACCUGCUCUGAUGAAGCUGAAGCGGAUCUCGGAGUCUUUACUGUGCCUUGGAACUGCAGUCAGUCAGCGGGUUUCUAACACGAAGAUGGAAGCUUGAUUGAAAGGACUGAUAAAAUUAAUUGAACCUUAAAGGUGGUUUUGGACCCAGCAGUGCUUAUACAGUCAUGUAGUCUAAACACUGAACUAAGAGCUUCAGUUUCUCACUGAGAGCAGAGUAAAUCAGUCAGAGUCACAACUAGUGAAUGUCUAUACGUAUAGUCUAGAGAUUUUGUGAGAAACAAAAAAAAAAACCUAGCCAUAAUACAUUAAAUUGCCUUUUUUGUACUCCAUGUUUUAAUCCCAUAGCACUGUUUUUUUAA